AUGGCUCCCAUGACGCCUGCGCCUCCCAUGGUCUGGGACCACGAAAGCCUCCUUUCCUUUAAGAAGGAAUUGGAGGAUGCAAUUCUGAUCACCAUUGACCUCGAAGGUGUUGAUCACCUCGUGAAGAAGUUCGACAAGCCUGCUCCGACAAACUACGAGAAGUUGUCAGAAGUGGGCAUCGCCACGUACGACCCACGUGAGAAGGUGUCGACGUCGACCACCAACGACAUGGAGGUCCUCGGCUCGUGCAUUCGCGCCCAUCACACCAUCGUUCAUCAAUUUCGCCGUGUCACCGAAGAGACCUGCCCGGCAGGUUAUCACAAGAGGUUUGCCAAAGAUCCGAAGAAACAGCAUGCUGCGCGCCCCUACCAUUGCGCCUUCGCCAAAUCAAUCAUCAAACCGACCCAACAGGCACUGGAAGGUGUGAAGAACCUCAUCAAAGAACUCUCCGGCCAGAAUCUCACCAAGUCUGAGGUCCAAAGUGGCAAGGACCGGCACAUUUGCAUCCUUUACUGGGCCGCCAACAUGGAGGAGACGGUCUUUUCGCAGGCCGGGAUUGACCUGACUACUGCUGGCUCCCAAGUCACGAUUUGGGACAUGCAGCUCUGGUCGAUUUUUCAGAUCCGCUUCCAGAAGGGGCAGGCCAAAGGCGAAGAAGCGUUCAAGUCACUCGGCGCUCUAGGAGAUGGCCUCAACUUACACAACGCCACGAACGACUGCGUGGCCCAGUUGCUUUCAUUGCUGAAGGUUUUGAGUAUGCAGGAGUCCGAAUGGAACUCCUGGUUCCACCAGCUUGCUGAUCUUCCUCUGAUGCCCAUGUCCUGGAUGAAGGCGAGCAUCUAUCAGCACAACUUUAACAUGCGGCCCAGGACCCUCCACGACAACGCAUACACCAGGGCUUCUCAGGGUCAAUCCUCUAAGCAUUUCAAGAAUCAGUCGGCUUACCAGCACCGCCAACAAACUCAACAUAUCAACACUCAGACAACCACCAAGCCCUCGAUCAACACCCAGACAACCAGCAAGCCCUCGGUCAACACCCAGACAACCAGCAAACCCACGCAAGACACUUCCUCCUCGAAGAAGUCUGAUGAGAGCCAGAAGGAGAUCGCACCGAAGGGCAAAGAGAACACUGCCCCUGUGGCGAAUACCGAUGAGGUUAGCCAGUUCUGGGCAAAGUACGACAAGAGCAAAGUUUCUUCGGCCAUGGGCAAGUACAGGAGGCCCACCACCGCUGCGGUGCCGAAGAGCGAGCAUGUCUCGGGCUGGCCGGCUGGUAUGCCGGGCUGGUAA